AUGCUGAACAGGCCCGAGCCCGCAUUUCACUCGUCCUCGCCCGCUCAAGCGACAGUAAAGGACCCCUACGGCGUACUUGGAGUCAACAAAAGUUCAUCCGCUUCCGAUAUCAAACGUGCAUAUUAUGGUCUAGCAAAAAAAUAUCAUCCGGAUACGAACAAGGACCCGGGCGCCAAAGAUAAGUUUGCGGAGGCUCAGUCUGCUUACGAAUUGUUAUCGGAUCCAGAAAAGAAGAAAGCUUACGACCAAUUUGGAGCGGGCGCAUUCGAUCAAAACGGUGGCUUCAAUCCUCAUGCCGCUGGCGGCGGCCCAUUUGCAGGCGCCUCCGCCGGCGGAUUCCAUGGCUUCGGUGGAUUUGGUGCUGAAGUUAACUUUGAAGACUUGUUCGCGCACGCUUUUGGUGGUGGAGGUCGGCGUCGAACUGCGAGAGGCUCGCCGUUCCAAUCAACUGUGCUUGUUGGAGAAGAUGUUGAGGUUCAGACCAAUAUCUCCUUCAUGGACGCAGCAAAAGGAACCAAAAAGGACAUCUUUAUAACACCACUGUCCAUGUCAUGGGAGGGUUCCAAAUGGCAAGCACUUGCGGAGCUUGUGACGGCACUGGUAGUACAAUCCCACGAGGCGCUGAAUGCUCCAGUUGUCGUGGGAAUGGAGUCACCCCGGGAGCGACGCACGAUCCAAGUCGACAUUCCAGGUGGUGUGGAGGAUGGCAUGAGGUUGCGGGUUGCCGGCGAGGGUGAUGUGCCUCCUGGGGAGCCUGGAGCGCGUAAACAACGGGGCGAUCUCUUUGUUUUCAUUAGGGUUGCUCCCGAUCAACGCUUCAGUCGAUCCGGCGCCGACGUUCUUUAUACCGCUUCCAUCCCAUUCACGACAGCCUUACUGGGCGGUGAAGUCACGAUCCCAACCCUCGAUGGCGAAGUCAAAGUCAAAGUCGGGACUGGGACGAGCACCGGAGACCAAAUCACGCUGUCCGGGAUGGGGAUGCGGAAACUUGGUGGCCGCCGUGGAGGUAACGGCGACCUCAAGGUUCAAUUCAAGGUCACAAUGCCUAAAUAUCUAAAUGCAAACCAACGGACAAUUCUAGAAGUUCUCGCCGAUGAGAUGGGCGACAAAACUGCCAAAAAAGUCAUGAAUAUCAAUACCGACAGAUUCAGUUCCAGCACCGACUCACAACCCAAGAGUGCGGAAGAUCCUCACAAAGGCGAGGGCUUUCUCAAAGCUGCCUGGCAUCGUUUAACAAACCACCAACAUAAACCGUCCGAAUCGAGUCCUGAUGGCAAGAGCAACGACAGUCAAAAGAAAGACUCGGAUUCAAAAUCCAACCGGGACCAUCCCAACGACCGCAACGAAUCCAAGAAGGCUUCGGGUUCCGGCUAG